AUGUCUCCUCGUCUUUCUUUGAUCCACCGCUCUGUCCUUGACUUUGACACUGUCUCCUCCAUGGAGCGCGCCCUUGCUUUGGGUGACUGCACCAGCAGUAGUAAAGAUGUCCAUGUCGCUGAUUGGAAGCUUUCCAAGUACGACGAGAUGACGACUCAAGACAACGCCAAUGAUUCCUACGCCGAAGCCAAGCGUCUGCAGGUCCUGGUAUCCUACGAGAACAUUUUGGAUUUGUCAGAAAAUCCUGAACUCGAAGAACUUGCCCAAGAAGCCAAGAAUCUCUUGCAAGUAGAUCAAGCUACCAUUGGAGUCAUGGACUUGGGACGAUUCUGCCUCAAGGCACAAGUGGGUAACAACAACAACAGCGAUAGUGACAGUGCUGACCACUACAGGAGCACUCCCAAGGAAAUGGCACGAUCAAAGUCCAUUUGCGCUCACGCCCUCCACCGAAGAACCGAAUGUGGCCUCCUGGUGGUCCCUGACAUUGCUGCCGAUGAUCGAUUCCACUUGUGCAGGACCAACGGCAUGCGCUUUUACGCCGGAGCUCCCAUCCGGUCACCCGAAGGAGCCGUCUUGGGAGUGCUGGCCGUCUGGGGCCAACAACCAAGACCUCAGGGAUUGACUCGCCAAGAAGAAGCUUCUUUGGAGCAACUUGCGGACUGUGUCAUGGCACACUUUCUCAUGGGAUAA